AUGCCUACGGCGCUGUACAAACUCAAGUCGGAAGAUGGACAAAUUUUCGAGGUCGAGCGAGCGCCGAUGAUUGUUUCCUCGUUCAUCAACCAAAAGUUCAUUGAUCAAGGAGCCAACGACCGGAAUUGUGAUAGGAUGGAGCCAAUUCUUCUUCCAUUUAACGGAUCCAUCAUCUCCAUGAUCAUCAAAUGGCUUUACCAUCAUCAAAACGAGGCACCAAUGUCCAAAAAGCUAAGAUAUUGUGAGUUUCAAGAUUGGGACAAGGAAUUCUUCAAGAUGGAGUCAGGAGUACUGUUUGCGCUACUAAACGCAGCUCAUGCACUUGGCAUCGAGGAUUUGAUGAAUAUGGGAUGUUCUGCUGCCGCUGAAUUGAUUCGAGGGAAGAAUACGGAAGAAAUUAGAAAGAUUUAUGGAAUCCGGACGGACGAGGAGCAGAUGGAAGAUGCUUUAGCGGCUGGUGGAGAGGGAACGUCGACGACUACGUUCACAGUGGAUUGA